AUGGCAAAUCUCUCAGAACAGGACAAACUCGUAUACGUCCUCAGAGUACUGAAACAUACCGAACUUCCACAACCGAACUACCAUGCCGUCGCCGCCGAUACAGGCCAGGCAAAUCCGAACAAUGCGCAAAAGAAAUUCAAAGCUAUAGUCGAAUCCGUCGGCUUCAAGCUCGUCAACAAGCAGAUCGUCGGUGCGGAUGGCAGCACUGGCACGAAGGGCAUCGAACCACCCAAAACACCUCAAGCUCCGAAGAAGGCUAGUAAUGCUAGUGCUGCUCCUGCUGCGCCUAAGAAGACACCUGCCACUGGUAAUACCAAGAAGCGGACAGCGAGUACGACCUCGAAGACUUCUGGUGCGGGCAAGAAGAGGAAGAUUAGGGAGGAAGUUGUUAUUGAUGAUGUCUCUGAGCAGGAUGGAGCAGAGGGUGUAGAGAUUGAGGACGAGGAUAAGGGUGGUGAUACGGAUGACGAUGUCAAGGUGGUGAUGGAGAAGGGAACGAGUCGAGCAAGAAGUCCAACUGUGAAGGCUGAGGCUGAGGUUGAUGAGGGGAGUGACGGUUCUGAGAAGUGA